ACUCUCGGGACUUUUUCUGCCUAAAAUGUUUGGCUCGUCAAGAUCUGGGGGCCUACGCGGAGGUCAGGACCAGUUCAACUGGGACGACGUGAAAGUCGAUAAACACAGAGAGAAUUAUCUGGGAAACUCCUUGAUGGCACCGGUUGGAAGAUGGCAAAAAGGUAAAGAUCUGACCUGGUACUCAAAAGACAAAAAAACUGGCAAACCAUUAUCCAAAGAGGACGAACUUGCUGCUGUGAAAGCAGCAGAAGAGGAGGCGCUGAUGGCUGCGCUAGGUCACAAAGUUAUAAAGCGACAACCAACUGGUCUUACCAAAGAGGAUCUUGUAGAGGUUUGUAGAAGGGAAGAGGCAGAUGGUGAAGAGAGGAGCGUGGAUCGUAUAUCAGGCUUGGGAAGCUCCAGUGUGGGGUCACGGAAGAUGUUGCUGUCCCAAAAAGAGAAAGAAGCGGCUAAAAUGGGUCUGCCAAUUUUUACACACCACAAGACUGAAGGUCGUCUAGAAACAUCUGCAACAAAAACAUCUGAGAGCGUUGAAAAAUCAGAAGAGACAGAAAAAGGUCUGCAUGAGAGCAAAAAGAAAAAGAAAGAAAAAAAGAACAAAAAGGAAAAGAAGAUGAAGGAAAAAAAGAAGAAAAGGAAAAGACGAGAUUCGUCAACUUCUGAGUCCUCAUCAUCGGAUGAUAACAGGAAAAGACACAGAAAGGACCACCAUCAUCAUAAUCCAUCAUACCAUAGUCAGAGUGGAGCCAGACCCCAUGACAGCCAUUCAAGGGAGGGAGCAAAGGCCGAGCGACAGCCUUCCCGCCCCCGUCAUCGACGGCAGAGGCACGACACAGACUCUUCUGACGGGGGGUCUCCAGCCCGCAGUAACUCUGCCUUCCACAAGAAGGCCCCCGCUGGUGCCACACAAAGCCACAGGAGACGCCAUGACACAGACUCGGACGACUAAUGUCCCGCGCUCCCCCACCAAAACCAGAGAUGCAUAGUGCACACGCAGCGUUUUGGGACCUCCUGGAUCAUGGACAGGCAGGAAAACUGUGAUGCUUCUUACGUUAUGCUUUAUAUCAUACUAUCAGUUCCUCAUGUGGGAAAGAUGAGUUUGGUGUUUCUAUUGAAUUUUGGUGAUGAGCUCUUCUUGUUUCCAAAACAGUUUAUUAAAUUCGCAACUGUAUUUGUUUUGCUUGUUUGUCCAAAACCUUUUUGGCUUUGAUUUUCCAAAGAAUUCCUAUGAGGCAAAAGUUCAGCUUUUUAUGUUUUAUAAUUUUUUCUAUCAUACAUUAGCUGACACUUUUCCCUUCCCAUUGAAACAUAGUAUUGUAAUGUGGACACAGUUUUAAUUUCAUAAAUUAUAAAGCAUAUUGUAUUAGGAUAUUAAUAAACCAAUUUUAGGUUUUUAGUUGAAA